AUGGAUACCAUAUAUGAUCUUGAAGUAUCAAAAGAGGAUGAAAUGUUGCUAAGAAACAGUUGGAAGCUGAUAUCCACGUGCCAGUUCAUCAAUCUUUUUAAAAAUGUACUAAAAAUAAAGGAUGCAGUCACGCCUUAUGACUUAGAGCAAAGUUUACUCAGGCCAUAGCAUGAUCCUCUAUGUGCUGAGAUAAUGAGCAGACUCUUACAAAAGAAGAUUGUAAAAAAAGGUGAAAAUGGGGAAAAUAUCAUUAAAUAAGAGACAUUUUAGACUCUCGAUUACGAUAGUUGGAAUAUUUUGCUGGCUAAGAAAUUUUCUAUGAUGCAUAAGAACUACCGCAAAUUUUCCAUUAAAUUCUUAGGCAGGGACCCUCUAGAGAAGCUAAAUGAAAAUGCGUAGCUCUCCUCUCAGAUCCCAGAUGAGGAAUUGAAAAUGCAAUCUGAUUAAGUCAUCGCUGACCUUCAGAAUGAGGAAUAAAAGGUAGAUCAGUUGAUUUAAUAGGAGAAGGAAGAUUUGAAAUAAGAUGAUAAUAUGAAUAGCAAUUAAAAGGAGAGUAAGGAGGAGAUAAAGUAGGAAAUUUUACUAAAUCAAGUGAGUGAACGACUAACACGCUCUAGAUUAGCUAAGAAAAACGCUCCAUAAUCGCAAGAGAACUAAGAAUAGAAAAAUACAAAAAAACCAGAAAAGAAUAAGAAAGGCGGGAAAAAUUAGAAGCAAUCUUAAUCUUAAUAGGCAUCCUAGUAAGUAGUAGAGGAAAAAGAAAUAGCAAUUGAGCAGUAAUGGUCAUCUGAUAUAAGAGAGCAUUUAUUAAAACAGCAUAACGAGUAAAACUUAACUGUUAGAUUCUCUCAUGAGGCAGCUGUUGGUGGACUUGGCCUAUAAAACCAAUGGAGGACUGAGUCACUAUAGAUUAUCAAACUAUUUAAUGAGGAGUUAGAUGGAUUAGAUCCAUUUUAUAUAGAAGGACAAGAUUGGUAAUAAUAGCAAAAAGAAGAUUAAACAAACUAUUGGAGCAAUUUUGUUGAUACUGAAAAUAUUGAGGACUUUGAAGAUUAUUAAUAUCCUAUGUAGUACGGAAAAAAUAACCAACUGGAAGUAUUAUUUAAGAAAUAUCAUGAAAUUCCGACAAGAUACCGCCUAGAAAUAAUAUAUUUUCUUUGUCAAAAUAAGCUAGAUCAAGAGUCACCAGAAUUUAUGUAGGAAGUUCAAAAUAUAUAAUAAACUAAACCUACAAAAUUUGAAAAUGAUGAAGGACUACCUUUUAAAAUGAGUGAAGAGCUAAAAAUAUGGCUUGAACCUAUUAAUAUGGGGUUAUUAAAGCCUUUAGGAGUCCUAGUUUAGGAAUAUGGACCUUUAAAAUAGAAUGAGAUUGAAGUUAAAAUUAUUCCUGGAAAGUAUUAUUACUUCCCAUACUUCUAGGACACUAGAAUAUAUAGACAGUCUUUUGAUUUUAAGGAUUUUGAGCUUUAUCUUGAGGAUUAUGAGUUGAUCUAAAUAUUCAUAAACCUCUUAAAAGAGAAUGAGGAUAAAGAAGAAUGCUUUGAAUUCUUAGAGAAGCUAACUAAAUACUUAGAUCAGCUAAAGAAAAAUGCAGAGGAAAUGAAGUGGAAAGAAUAGACGAAAGUGAGAAAGUUAAAGUCUCAGAUAAGAUCUCGAAAAUUAUAAGAUCUAUCAAGGAAAAAAUUAUAAUUCGAAGGCAGGUCAAAUCAACUAUAAACAGAUUUCCUCCAUCACACUCAAGGCAAUGUAAUGACAAGAAGAUAGAUUGAUAAUGUAAAAUCUAAAAUCACAAAGUAGGUAUAAAAUUAAGAUGAUGGCAAAAGAAGGGAAAAUCGAGAAAGAGGAGCUACUAAUGCCGUGUCAAAGUAUCACGAAAUUUAAAAACAAAAAUAGGAAAAAGAAAAGCAUGACAGGUAGAGAAGAUUGGAGAAGAGAAUGAGACUCAAAGAGAGGAUAGCUAAUGGAGGAGCUCUUGGGAAGAGAAAACGUAGAGGUUAAGACAGUGAAGAAGAGGAUAGCUAUGAUGAUGAGUAUGAUGAGGAGGAGGGUGAAAAUUAAGAAGAGGGCAGCAAUGGAGGUCUGAAAAAACGUGUUAAAAAGUUAGAAGAAUCUUUUGAGGAGGAAAAAGAGUAGCCAUAAUAUGAUAUCCUUCUAAAUGGAGAUCUGCUAAUGAUAUUUUAGAGAGAUGCUGAAGAUCCUAUAAAGAUCAUCAAUGAGACAAUGGUUAUAAAAGGAAACUGGAGAUUAAGUGUAGAAGAGUAGUCUGAGGAAUUUAUUUACAAAAAAAUAAAUAAUCCAGUUGAGGAAAAUUUACUUACUGAAUUAUUUUGUGAAAAUCCUCAUAGCAAGAUAUAAAUAUCAACAAAUCCAAUCAGAGCUAACAAUCCUUAACAAUAGGCAGUAGUUGAUAAAUUUUUGGAAUCUUAGGGUCUAUAUUAGGGUUACUUCAAAUACAAUGAAGAAGAUGUGACAGAGAGUUUUAGCUUUAUUCUUAGAAAGCCUCUUGUCCCCACAAAAAAAUAACAUUGCUUUGAUAUAUGUGGUUACGGAGCAAAUAACAUUGGACCUUUCUUGAUGGAAGGCUAAUUGCAACUCUAUAGCCUAGAUAAGUUGUAAGAAAAAGAUGGAGUGAAAAAUUUUAAGAAGUUAAAAUUAGGAAAAUUCCAUCUGUAAAAGAAAUAUCAAAAGAAAAUUUUGGAUGAAUUGGUAGAAGAUGUAAGAAAUGAGAGAUAAUUUUAAAAUAAACAAAUAGACUUUGAUCAAGAAGCAUUGAUAGCUUAAUUUAAGAACAAGAACUUUAAAACUCCAAAUAAGACCUUAUAAAGUACGACAAUAUUUAUAGCGAAAUAGCAAGUUCCUCAAUAGAAUCAAGUAUUCAAUAUUGAGUUUAUCAAUGGGAAUCAUUUGAAUGGGUUUAACAGUAGGAAUGAUAAUAACUCUUCCGUUCCUCGCUUACCAUCUAUGAGUUAAAACUAUACUCCCAUUGUUGAAAAGAAUAAUUCUCCAUAAAUCUAACUCUAGUAAUUGCUAUAAAGCUAAAAGUCAUAAAUAAUGGACCCAAAUGCAUUGGAUAUUCCAAACUAAACUGGAGAAAUAAUGAUAAUUGAAUAAAAUAACUAAUCAACCUAAGAAAUAAAUACAGUCUAAUAAGCAUUAUUCAGCUAAAUAAUAGAGAAAAAUAAUGAAACUGAGAAUUUAUAAUACAAUAUAGAAAAUGCUCCAAUGAUUGCCCAAGUGAAUCUAAAUUAAUCACUUCAGCAAGUUAAUCAGUUUAUUCCAAAUCCAAAUUUAGAUAUCAACCUACUACUUUAAGCUUAGCUAUUACAAUAGCAGCAAAUGCUCUAACAAAACUAGUUCUUAUUAAUGAAUGGGUCAUCUCAACAGUAAAUUCAUUACCCACCGAGUAACAGCAAUAAUGUAUGA